AUGUCGGUCCUCCUGUACAUCCAGGAGGAACUCAGGAAGACGUUUGUUCACCAAGAAGGCUUCAAGAGUCUACAGAGGGGCGACCGACCAUGCACGGUGUGCGUGGGCUCUCUCCAUCGCCACAUUUUCCUGCAAUGCUGUUCGAGCGAAAUUGGGGAGCUCUGCGUCGUCUGCAAAGAAGAGGGAAAGGAGUGUAGGGCUAUUCCCAAAGAGCUCCUCGGCGUGGCCCAGUCCCUCUGGAACCACGCCAAAGACAUCGCGGCCAAAGACACCGACGAGGACAAGGGCCUCAACGAGCUCCAACGCUGGCGCCUUCACUAUGCCCUGCAGCGCGCGUGCAUGGCCUGGAACGAGCUCCUCGAGUUUGUCGACCAGCCAGUCGAGUUGGACGGCGCCAGCCUCGAGGCCGUCAAGAUCCAAGAGGCAAUCAUAGCACGGGAGAUAUCCACUAUCGGAUUGCUCCGGGAUGCCGAUAUCAUCAAGACCCCCAAAGAACUCCGCGCCCGCCUGGCAGCCCUUGCACCGCCCUGGUCUCGCCAUGCCAAGCCCGCCAGGAAGCUCCGGGAGGCCGUGGCAGAAAUCCCCCUCGCCGAGAACGUCCCGGCUCCCGGCGUCGCGGAAGAGGGUGUAUUUGCGAAUUUUCCGCAACUCAUGGCCGCGGUGGUUGUGGAGAAGCUGAUCGAGUUUUCCGGGAAUACUGUGCCUGUUUACGUGACGAGAUACCCCGGCGUCCGCCUCCGGAUCUGUGACGGGGGAGAAAGGAGGGAGAAGAGCGGUCGAGGGUCCUUGGGUGGAAAUGACCCCAUUGGGACGCGAGAGGCAGGGGGAAAAGUGGCACGCGCGGGUACAAACGAGCCAAGUGACCCAAAGGGAGGCGGUCGUCAGAACAACGCUGACGACGAGCACCCCGUUGACCCCAAUCACGAUCCUGAGCCUGAGCCAGACGACGCCGCCGGACCUCCUGAAGCGCUAGCGAAACCGAAGCGCGCGAGGCCCGCGGACCGGAACCCGGCCAAGAGGGCCGCCACGGCAAAGAAGGCUCCCGUGUCCCUGGCCACCGCCAAGGGGGCCAAGGCGGCACCCAAGUCUGGCAAGAAGCCAGACAAGAGCAAUGAUGACGGGGAAGACGACAAUGACGACGGGGAUGGCGACGGUGACGGUGGGGGAGGAGAAGACAACAGAGACGCCAAGACCGGACCCGUGACCAGGUCCCAACGGAAGCGCCCUGCCCCCGACGAGGACGCUGACAAGGACGAGCCCAAGCCGCGGAAGAGGACGAGGGCGCAGGGCAAAUCUGCGGCCGGGAGGUGA